AUGGUAAUGAUGCGCUACGUGCUGUGUAUCCUCGCUCUCCUGCUCUCCUGUGCGUGUGUGCACGUCCUCGCUGAAGAAGUGCCUGCCGCCGAUCUUUCCGACCAAGUCCCUGAUACGGAGAGUGAGACGAAGAUUCUUCUUCAAGGUACUCCUGUCGCCCAAGAAGAUACUCCUCAGUGCACUAAUGGUACUACUACUGAUGCUCCUGAAUGUGCGAAAGCUAAACUUGAACGUCAGGAAACACCUGGACUUGAUAAUGGGGAUCCUAAGUGCACUGGUGGUACUACUGAUUCUUCUCGUUCUUGUACUCCUGCUGCUGUGGAACCUGGACGUGUUGAUGGUUCUGAGUGCCCUCAUGCUACACCUGAAACUACUGAACGUACUUGUAAUACUCCUGUAUUACAAGAACCGUCAGUUUCUCGAGCACAACAACAACAGCAACAGCAACAACAAGAACAAGCAGAUCAAAAUCGUGGGAGCACAGGUAGUGACAGUGACUCAGCAGGAAGGAAAGACCCAGGGAAUACGUUAUCCACAGCAGGUAAUGUAGACUCACAGAGCCCACAACAAAACACUCAAGAAGUACAGGCAUCAGCACCAACUGAAGACACAACCUCAUCUGGAGACGGUGGUUCCAACAAUACCAACCCACAAACUCAAUCGGAAGGUGCAACUGAAGGUGGUGACAGUAAUACCAGUAAUCAGACUACUGCAGUUGCAGGUACGACUGCCACAGAAGGUUCACAGGGGAAUGACAAUGCUGAGGAACCAACCACCACCACCACAACAACAACAACAACACUUCCUCUUGAACUCACAAACAACAAGAAGGGUGAUGCAGACAGCAGCAGCAGUAUCAGCAGUUCUGUGUGGGUGCGUGUGCCACUACUGAUUGUGGUUACACUGGCCUGUAUUCUUGUGUGCUGA